AUCACCGAAGUGUGAUUAGAGAACUAUACCGUAUUUGCCCUAAUAUGUAGAACAAAGAUGGUUGUACCAUUUCAGCAUGUGGGGCCUAGUGGGUGGUACCAAACUCGGGACCUGGAGUCAUCGGUUGGAGGGGAAUCUAAAGGCAAUGUAAAUGACCGAGGUAUUUGAGUCAUCUUGGCACCCUAAACACGUCGUAAUGUUACUAGUCUACGAGGGAAGACGCGGACAGAGACUUCGUGAAACACGAUUCUUGGAGGUACUUGGCAUGUUAUAAAUAGGGAAUCCUCACUCAAAUCCUCCAAGACAGGAGCUUCUUAGCUUUUAACCAUCCUUGUGUGUUACAAGAGAAGAAAAAACUAGUAAUGGCACCCAAACAAUGUUCUUCUCUUGUAACAUGCGCCCUUCUUCAUCUUAUCAUGCUUCUCUUCCUCCCUCUUCUCAUUGAAUCUCAUUCCACUCACCAACAUCAACACCAAAACCAACAACCCUUCAAGUCCCUACAAGGAUGCCACAAAGGCCAGACCGUCAAAGGCCUCAAUGCAAUCAAGCAAUAUCUUGAGAUGUAUGGUUACCUCCCUCACCAUCACAACAACAAUACCAGUGGCGGUGACGACGACACAUUCGACGAUAUCCUGGAAUCAGCUGUCAAAACAUACCAACUCAACUACCAUCUCAAUGUCACUGGCAUACUUGAUUCCAAGACGCUGCAAGACAUGUCGUUGCCAAGAUGUGGUGUCCCAGACAUCGUAGAUGGACAUACAUCGAUGCGAUCUGGGAAGAAUCGUCAUCUUGGAUCCACCACACACCACACAGUAGCCCAUUACACCUUCUUUAAUGGCCGACCGAGGUGGCCUUCUUCCAAGACACAACUCACCUAUGGUUUCCUCCCUGGAGUUCAGGUCAUUGGGACACAGGACCUGAGGUCUGCCUGCUCACGUGCUUUCGAUAGGUGGGCGAGAGUAAGCCAUUUCACGUUCCAGGAAACUCAAGAUUAUAGGUCCGCUGAUCUUAAGAUAGGAUUUUUUAGGGGAGAUCACGGUGAUGGGGCUCCUUUCUAUGGGCCUGGCAAUGCAAUUGCACAUGCAUUUGCACCUACCAGGGGCUGGUUUCAUUUCGAUGCAGAUGAGAAGUGGGGAACUAACCAAGCUAGUGAUGCCUUUGAUGUGGAAUCCGUUGCAGUGCAUGAGAUUGGACAUUUACUUGGACUUGGGCACUCUUCAGUGGGGGGUGCUAUAAUGUACCCUUCCAUUAGCAUGGGAGUGAGGAAAGUGAAUCUGCAUGGGGAUGAUGUACAGGGUAUUAAAACCCUGUAUAAUCUGAACUGAUGACGCAUUCUCAUGGUAUUCAGCCACAACGUCGGAAAUAAAGCGGUUUACCUCCCGUGACUGGUUAUUUCUCCUAUGUUCAUGGGUUUUUAUGCGUAGAUAUUUGAGUUAUGUUUUCAUGUUUGAUCAAUAAAAAAGAAUGAGGCUGUUUCUUA